GAUUUCCUUCCUCAACAUUCCUUCUCCCUUCACCCACUCCACCUAACAACUGCGGCGAAGUUUUAGCGCCAGCGAAGAGGCCGCGGGCGGGAGGAUCCUGAGAGCGAGCGAGGCAAUCCGCGUCCUUCUCUCCCCCGCAGCGGGUGUCCAUGCUAUUGAUGACGGCGGCCGUCGCAGAUGGCCACCAAGCGAGCCUAUAAGCUACGUAUCCUGUAAAUUGCCGGUUUAGGAAUUCUGGAUCGGAAUUUUCCAAAUCGGAUAGCUCUUGCCUGCUUGUUUCAAUCGGUGUAGCGCUAGGUUUCGGUUGGGUUGUGUACUUGGGUUCGCUCGCAGUGAUCGAAUUCGUGCCUGCUUCUGGGUGACUGGGUCUCGGGUUGUUCUGGUGUUCACUGUUCAUGUUGGUUUUGUACUUUUGUUCUUGCAACUUGCGAGCCUGUGAUUUGAGGAGUUGCGAUGGCAGCUAGGAACCUAUUCAAGACCAUCCGAGCUGCCUUGCUAUUGCUACUUGUGAAGUUGGGGAUAGAAUGAAAUUUCAAAACAGUAUCGUGAAGUUUCAGACCUAGAAUAAUACAGUUUUCUGCAUAAGAUCAAAGCUAAACUAAUUUCGGUGGUCUGGGUUAGCCAGAGACAGGAGCCUUGUUCUAUUGUCUGCCAGGAAAAUGUGACUUCCGUGCUCUGUAAUUUGGCAUUUGUCUGAUGGGUUGUACCAGUUGCUGUAAACGGUAUCAUGCUGUAUGUUCUGAUUCCUCACACCUAUCAAAUGAAAGUUGGGUAGAUCGAUUCAGAAUGUCAUACUUGUUAUCCUAUCCAUCGAGAACUUAGGUCCUAGGUGCUAGCACGGAAUGAAUGGUUCAGGCGUUCAGCUAUUGACUUAAGAUUAUGACACUUAUGUGUUGUACUGUUGGAAGAAGUAGGUGGUAGCAUAGCAUGGACAGUGAGUUGGGAAGAUCAGUUCAGGAUGUCCAGAUGUCAUACUUGUUAUUUGUUUCCAUUGAGAACUUAGGUCUUAUGUGCUUGCAUGGAAUGAAUGGUUCAGCUACAGAAAUAAAAUCAUGACACCACUAAAAUAAUUUUGUGGUAGGAUGUAAUCGUCUAUAUAUCUUGUUUCUUUGAUAAUGAUCAGAGGAGUUUGUUGCGCAUGCUUCCAAUGUGAAUUGUGCCAAAUUUGGGAGGCGGACAUCAAGGAUCCUCAUCACUGGUGGGGAGGAUCUGCAGGUCAAUCUUUGGGCUGUAGGGAAACCCAGUGCCCUCCUGUGAUUGUCAUUGUACAUUGCAGAGCCUAUCAGGCCUUACAAGUCCAGUUGAGUCAGUGAGCUUUGACUCUUCUGAACUUACCAUAGGUGCUGGUGCUGCAAGUGGAACAAUAAAAAUAUGGGAUGUUGAGGAGGCAAAAGUUGUCCGAACUUUCACUGGGCACAGAUCGAAUUGUGCAUCGCUUGAUUUCCAUCCUUUUGGAGAAUUUUUGGCCUCUGGGUCUUCAGACACAAACAUGAAAAUAUGGGAUAUACGAAAAAAGAGAUGCAUUCACACAUACAAGGGCCAUACCCGGCGAAUUGAUGUGCUUAAAUUUACUCCAGAUGGUCGAUGGAUUGUUUCUGGAGGGGCUGAUAACUCAGUGAAGAUCUGGGAUUUGACGGCUGGAAAACUCUUGCAUGACUUUAGUCUUCAUGAAGGUCCAGUCAACUGCUUAGAUUUUCACCCCCAUGAGUUCUUAUUGGCUACAGGUUCAACUGAUAAGACUCUUAAAUUUUGGGAUCUUGAGACUUUUGAGUUGAUUGGUUCUUCUGGACCUGAGAACAGCCGAGAAUACUUUGAGCCGGCUAGUAUAGUUCGUUCUAUGAAAUUCAACAGUGAUGGUAAAACACUUUUUUGUGGAUUACAUCAAAGCUUAAAGGUUCUUUCCUGGGAACCCAUCAUAUGUCAUGAUGUGGUUGAUGUAGGCUGGUCCACAUUGGCCGAUCUAACUGUUGAUGAAGGAAAGCUUCUUGGUUGCUCAUAUAACCAAAACUGUGUUGGUGUGUGGGUUGUGGAUUUGAUGAAACAUGAGCCAUAUGCUGAUAGUUGUGCUGGAUCACACUUAAAUGGAACUGUAGAUAGGCUAAUUGAAUCAGAUAAUAGCAUACCAUCAGUGUUUGGUAGACUAUCAGUUUCCAGAAGCCCAGCCAAUGAAACUAGUUCGGAUACUCUGCUUGAACGCUCAAUGUCUGCUUCAAAAGAAAUUCCUGUCUCCUCUUCUUCUGUGGUAAGGAAGAGAUUGGCAAAGCCACCUGGAGAAAAGGAUCUCUGGCUCACGAGAUCUGAUUCUGCACCUCUGCUUUCUCCUAGAGUUAGAUUGAACCCAAAUUUCGUUGAUGACCUGAAGAGACAGCCAGCCACUGUUGUACCAGCAGCUCCCAUGUAUAAAUCAAUGUCCCACAUUUCAGGGUAUGGCGGUAAGGAAUCAUCUUUCAUACCUGUUCUUGCCCCAAGGCAUAGCUCAAAGGGGAAUGCUGAUCCCAUUCUCAAUGAAGCUGCCACAGGUGAGUUACCAGUUAUUGAGCCUCAAAAUAUAGAAAAAGUAGGUUUAUCUGCUAAUCAUGGCAAAGAAAGUGGCAAGUUGGUACCUAUAACUGAUUCAAGGAGGUCAAGGAUGGUUGACGAAAGUGGCUGCAGAAGAAUCACUGAUGAUGUAAGAUAUAAGAAAAUAAUCCCAGAAAGUUAUUUGAGAGCUAAUCCAGAUAUUGACUAUACAAGGAGGGCUCAAGAAAGCCCAAAAGACCGUGAGCAUAUAUUUCUGUCAAAGCCUAUUAGUUCACAGAGGAAAUUUAUAAGAGAAUCUUCAGGUGCUGGGGACAAUAGCCGUUCUGGUUCAGUAUGCACUGAAAAAAUUGAGUCUAAUGAAGCUGGUAGCUGGUACGGCGUGUCUUGUUUUGACAAAUGGAAUUCUGAUGCUGCAUGGAAUCCAGAAUUUGCCGACAUUGACAGAAAUGGAGUGAUUGGAACGAGCAAAUGGAGGGAAUCAAGUGAAAGGCACGCUGUUAGACAUCGACCUUACUCUUCUCAUUAUGAUAGCAUCCAGUGUGAACCAACAUUAUAUGGCUCGAGGCUGCACCCUUCACUUCCUGGAAAACUUAUUGGUUCAGCUAGUGAUGAAGAUGAUAUGUAUGGUCUAAUGGAAAACCAUCAAGAUUUUAUUCAUGUAAUGAAGUCUCGGCUAACAAAACUAGAGGUGGUUUAUCGGUGUUGGCAAAGAAAUGAUAUAAAGGGAUCUAUUGAUGCUACAUGGAGAAUAUUGGAUUUUGCUGUCACUACUGGUGUAAUUAAUGCUCUAAUGGAGAAUAGUAACUGUAUCAGUUUAGAUAUUUGCGCUUCUAUUUUGCGGCUUUCCUCCAGUCUUCUUGAAAGCAAAUAUGACUGGCAUGUGAACAUUGCCUUGGGGAUGAUUCUCAGUCUUGUUAAGAGCUUUGGUGCCACUAUUUCUUCAGCUUUGUCAGCUACGCCGCCUGUUGGUGUAGACCUUGAGGCAGAGCAGAGGUUGGAGCGGUGCAGUCUAUGUUUCCAAGAGCUGAAGAAGGUAAACGCCAGCCUCAAGUCGCUGACAAGGCGGCAAGGCGAGGUUGGGAGAUCAGCUCAGGAGCUCUCCAUUUUUCUUCAGGAUAUCUUGCAACUGUCAAGCAUGUAAACAGCGACCGUACAACAAGUCGCAAAAUUUUCAACCCCCUGCCUUUUUUUCCUUUGGUCAUAAAAGAUAUAGGUACACAGGAUGAGCAACUAUAACAGACGAAAUAUAUUAGAAAUUACACACGGGUGUAGAAAAUCAAAGGUGUCACAGUUAGAUAUAGCAGAGAAUUUUUUUGGUGGGAACAAAGUAGGAUAUAGCAGAGUGAAGCUUCUAAGUUUUAUCUUUCUCCCCUCCCUUUCUACAAUAUAUAGAGAAUUCAGAGGUUCUACAUCUGUACAUUCUUUUCAACUUGCAUAUUGGCAAUUUGCUAGAGUUUUUCUUUCCA